CUUUGGAGUUGCCGGAAAAUUUGGAUCCUUUAGAGUAGUAGUAGUAGUAGUAAUAUUCAUGUAAUGUUUGUGACUUCUUCCAUGCUCUGAUCUUUGCAUUCUUUUUUUUUUCCGUGCAGUAAAUCAAUCUCUCUGGUUCCUGAAGAUGAACAGCAUCAGGAGGUUUUCUGGGAUGCGCAAGCCUAACGCCCCAUCUGCAAUACAUAAAGACAAAGACGAGAGCGUAGUUUUCUUCAGGGAGAUGUACAAGCGUGAAAAAGAUAGGGACAUCAACCUCCUGGAACCCAUGCAAUCCGUUGAGUUUGAUGCUAUCCAAGGUGGCCGCACGAGCAAAGCUCCGUCAGGGAAGACAGAUUUCCUCAUAGCAGUGGACGAGAAGCAUGACUACGACUGGCUGAAGACGCCUCCAGCUACACCACUGUUUCCUUCCAUAGAGAUGGAAACCAACUCAUCUCAAAUGGUUUUCCAGAAGGAGCUACCAAUUCAUCAGCAAGUUAAACCUUCAGCUUCCAGGCUAUCAGGAAAGACAGAGGCAACGAAAACAUCGGCAAGAUCAAUGUUUCCUGCACCUAACUCUUCAUCAGAGAAGAGCAUAUUCAGAGUGUCCACACAAUCCAUCUCCAAUGAGAAGAACCAAAUUGAAAGGAGAUCAACUUCUGCAGCCAUAACGAGCAGGAAGCAGAAGGUAGUUGCUGCAAUUACACCUACAGCUCCUACCGCAACUUGCAAUGCAACCAAGAAACACUCUGAAAGAUGCUAUGCAAGCCAAGGUAGCAGUACAAAUGGACUCAAGAGAGUGACGAACCCUGAGCUCCCCUACUGUGCACCGAAGAAUCUGAUCACAACGCCAUUGACAGCGAAAGCAUGGCGUAGUGAUCUAGCAUUUGGUGUGCAUGACACAGCAGAAAUUGGCAGGAUAAGAAGGCAGUCAUGCCUACCAGUUACUGUCAUGGAUGGCAAGCAGAAAGGCUUACCUGAUAAGGUGAAGGCUGUGACUGUCAGCAAUAACCGUGGUCGUGCAGGCGAUGCCACAUUGAUCAAGGGAAUGAGAAGAACAGACGGGAAGAAAGAGCAGAGGCCAAAGCAUGGAAAUCAAGCGAAGUGAGCUUGUCAUUUGGUAUAAUUUUGUGAAACCAAUAAUUUUAUGAGACAUUUUCCUGGCGUUUUCUCGUGUUUGUACUCCUUUUUUUUUCAUGUAACGCACAAGACUAUUUGCACAUCUGGUGUAGAUGUGGUUUCAACUCUGAAAUUGCAUGCCUUCCAAGUUGAAGGCUUUUAAACA